GGAUUAUAUGUAUAAGCUGGUUGUUUGUAUUUUGAACAUUUGUACAAGUUGAACAAGUAUAUCUAUCUGGAUAUGUACAAUGUCAGUAUGUACAAGUGAAAAAUGUCUGUUCAGGAAAACUUGAGCGCUGUCCUUUAUAGAAAGCGCGAGGAAUACCCUCAAUGUGAUAUUGUCUUGGAAAAUCGAAGCAUUGUUGAGCCAAAAGAAAAUGAAGUACUGCUUCAAAUGCAUUCUGUUGGCAUUUGUGGGUCAGAUGUUUCUUACUGGGUGAAAGGACGGAUAGGUGACUUUAUUGUGAAUGACCCGAUGGUAAUUGGCCAUGAGGCUGCAGGCAGGGUCGUUAGGUGUGGAAAAAAUGUCACUCAUCUUAAACCUGGAGAUAGGGUGGCCAUUGAGCCAGGGUACCCUCUUCAUAAUGAUGACUUUUUCAAGAAAGGUCGGUACAACUUAAGUGAAGUUUUCUUCUGUGCCACCCCGCCAGAUGAUGGUAACUUGUCGCGGUUUUACACCCACAAUGCUGAUUUCUGCUACAAACUCCCUGAUAAUGUGUCAUAUGAAGAAGGUGCUCUAAUAGAACCACUUUCAGUUGGCAUUCAUGCGUGUCGACGGGCAGAGAUCACUCUUGGUCAUAAUGUGUUUAUUUGUGGAGCUGGUCCAAUUGGCCUUGUGUCUCUCCUGGUUGCCAAGGCCAUGGGAGCAUCAAAAAUCGUAAUAUCCGAUUUAUUUCCAAAGCGUUUGGAAAUGGCUAAACAACUAGGUGCAGAUGAAGUGAUUAAAGUGAAUAUCGGCGAUGACGCUAAAACGGUCGCGUCUAAAGUAGAGUGUUUACUCGGAGCUAUGCCAGACCGUACAAUAGAGUGCACAGGGGCGGAAUCGGCGAUCCAGACCGGAAUCUACGCAACUAAGUCUGGCGGCUGCUUGUUGCUUGUGGGCUUAGGUCCAGCGAUGGUAAAUGUGCCAAUUGUGAACGCGGCGGUUCGUGAAGUCGACAUACGCGGCGUGUUUAGAUAUUGCAAUACGUACCCGACAGCAAUUCAAAUGCUGGCUUCACGCCAAGUCGACGUAACGCCGCUUGUCACACAUCGAUUUAAGUUGGAAGAAGUACAAAAAGCGUUUGAGGUGACAAGAGCUGGUGAGGGGAUAAAAGUCAUGUUAAAGUGUGACCCCAAUGACCAAGGCAUAUAAUUUUAUGCAGCUACAAAUUCGUGUUUGAAAUUAUGCAGAAACUCAUACACACGGGUAAUAGUAAGCCUUUGUGUAACCAAAUGAAAUCCAUGACAUUUCAAAUAUGUACAUAUUCCUAAUUAUUUACCAGUGCACUUGUUGUAAUCAGAGUCCGUAUAUAAGGGGAUUCUGCUUGUAAAAUGAGUUUCCAUUGUGUUGUUUUACUAUUAUGCGCUUUGCAAUUUUGUCGUAAAUAAUAUUCUCAUUUCAAUAUACAUAUAUGACGCUUUAAAAGUCAAAAGAUUAUACCACCGUCGUAACUAUACUAAAUUUAUAAGGCCGACACUGAGCUAAAGAGUGUGGAUUAAAAGAAACCACGAAACUGCAAA